AUGCCUCCCAAUCAAAGAUCACGCUCGCUUCUACAAAGGCAUCGAGGCAAGCUGCUCAUUUCGUUGACAGGGAUAGUUGCUCUAUUCACUACAGGGUCGGUGGUAGUGUUCUUCGUGAAGAGGUGGUUGUAUAAGCAGCAGCUACGGAUCACUGAAGAGCACUUUAUCAAGGAGCAGAUCAAGAGAAGGUUUGAGCAAACACAGGAAGAUUCAUUGUACACAAUAUACGAGCUACUACCAGUAUGGGAAAUGGUUUUGAAUGAAAACGAUUUGAAUUUGGACAGUAUCAUUACUCAAUUAAAGGACCAAAAAAAUCAGUCCACUAGACAGAAGUCCAGUGAAAGUAUAGAGAGUUCGCCUCUAAAGACUAAGGCUGAGCUGUGGAACGAGUUAGAACUCAAGAGUUUGAUCAAGCUGCUGACAAUAACGUACACAGUGUCGUCAUUGAUCCUAUUAACUAGACUACAACUAAAUAUCUUGACAAGAAAUGAGUAUUUGGAUUCCGCGAUAAAACUAACGAUGCAGCAGGAAAACCACAACAAAAUUAACCACAGGCUUUAUGACUGGGUCACAUCUUGGUGGAGCAAUCCGCAGGGGAAGAUGGUUGAUUCAAUGACAACGAAAAAAUUAAAGAAGGAUGGCCAGGAAGUGUAUAUUAAUGAACAGGCAUUUUUGUCACUUUCAUGGUGGAUCCUAAAUAGAGGUUGGCUGGACUAUAAUGAAAUAGUUACCAACCAAAUUGAAAUUGAGUUUCAAGGUAUACAUCCAAGGGACACUUUGACACUAGAAGAAUUCAGCUCUCGCCUCACGAACAUAUUUCAAAAUAUAAAUUCCCAAAUAUUCCAGCAGAAUAAUAGUAGCCUUAUCUCGAUUUUCCUUCCUAAGGGUUCUGGCGGACAAGAAUUUCUUCUUUCACAAACACUUGAUCCGGAAGCGUUAACAUGCUUCCAUUCUAACACCUUAGUUUUCAAUCAAUUGAUAAACGAAUUGUCCCAAUGUAUCGAAAGCACGGCAACCUCCAUAGUGUUAGAAUCCCUAAUAAACGAAUCAUUCCACUUCAUAAUGAAUAAGGUCGGCAUGAAGACCAUGGCAAAGAAGAAACCGGGACAGGAGGAGCAACAAAACUAUCAAAUGGCUGUUUUUUCUAUGUCCAUGAAAGACUGUUGCCAAGAAAUGCUUCAAACAGCUGCGGGGUCGGCCGAAAGUGGUAGCGUGAACGAAUACCUUGCCACUUUGGACUCUGUCCAGACACUGGAUGACCUGAGUGCCAGCGUGUACAGUAACUUUGGUGUUUCCAGCUCGUAUGGAUUCAAGGACUGA